CAGUGUCGUGCUCGCGCUUUUGCGCGCGCCUGCUUGCUCAGUGACAGACAGCAGUGCAAAAACAUCACAAGCCGCCGCCUGCACUGGAUUUCUUGCUCGGAUAGAAACCUGCCCGAUAUCUCACGCAUAUAAUUAAUACCGAAGCAUCAACAUCGGGUUCUAAUCUUUUUCAUUUCACCUGUCGCUCUGAGAUUGUUUGAAAAUGAAUCCGCUGUGUAGUAGAUGUAACCGAGUCGUGUAUCCUACGGAAAAAGUGAAUUGUCUUGACAAGUUCUGGCAUAAAGGAUGUUUCAGCUGUGAGGUAUGCAAGAUGACUCUAAACAUGAAGAACUAUAAAGGCUUCGAUAAGAAACCAUACUGCAAUGCACACUACCCGAAAACGUCAUUCACGAGUGUUGCUGACACUCCAGAAAACCUCCGCUUGAAACAGCAGAGCAAGAUGCAGAGCCAGGUGCUCUACAAGGAGGAGUUUGAGAAGAACAAAGGAAAAGGCUUCAGCGUUGUAGCCGACACACCAGAGAUGCAGAGAAUUAAGAAAACACAAGACCAGAUCAGCAACAUUAAAUAUCAUGAGGAUUUUGAGAAGAGUAAAAUGGGAGGAGACGUUCACCAUCCACCACCGCAACAAAGCACAACUCCAGCAUAUCAACCCCCAGCUGCAUCGCAGAACUACCAUUAUGAGCCAGAACCAGUGCGCCAAGCUGCUGCAGCUCCUCCACCCAGCUCUGGGAAACGUUACCGGGCAGUGUAUGACUACGCAGCAGCCGAUGAGGAUGAAGUGUCGUUCCUCGACGGAGAUGUGAUCGUGGACGUGCAGCCAAUCGAUGAAGGGUGGAUGUAUGGAAGAGUGGAGCGUACUGGCCAGCAGGGCAUGCUGCCUGCAAACUAUGUGGAGGCCAUAUGAGAAAGUAAACAAGAAAGGGAUGGAAAGAAAGGGAAUAUAUAUAUGAGAGAGAGAGAGAAAUGGAUAACAGGAGGCCCAGUGCCAUUCCAUAUUUUAAGAGCUGUUUUCUUUUCCUUGUUUGUGCUUUAUUAAUGCGCCUAUGCCGAUAACUCAUGCAAAACACAUGCAUACAAAAAUGCACUCUCACAAUUAUAUAGUGUAAACACACACACACACACACACACACACACACACACUGUGUAUACCCAUGUCUUGCUCUACCUGCUCUGUUUCUCUCUGCUCCCUCUUAGUUCUUGCUGUCUGAUUGUCGACCUUGUCUUUUUUUUUUUUUUUUAAAUAAGUCUUUGAGAGGUGCUGUCACAAGUGGCACUUAACGUCAUAAUGACACAUUCACACCCAAACAGACCUCUUUUUUUUUUUUUUCCCCCAAGGCUACUUUAUAUAGCACUUCAUGAACAGACAGCCCGAGCCAUGUCAAUCAUUCCACACUUGCCAUGACAAUGAGAACCUUUUUUUUUUUUCUUUUCCUGACCUUUUUGCAGCCUGUCGCUAGUUGUAGCUAUCAUUCUCGCCCAUGUGGCAUCUCAAUGGUUGUGCAGUAGUAAUGAUGCUUGAACAUGAGACUUCUGAUCAUUCCAUUUGUUGUUCCACUGAGUCUUAAAGUGUAUCCAUCAGACCUCAUGGGUAUUGUAGUGAAACUGGAAUACGUGUGUGUGUAUAUAAAAAGAUCCUAUUGUGGCAUCGGUUUGUUUAUGGAUGUAGUGUGACUGGUGACCCUGCUCACAAGGCAUUGUUUUCAUCAUCUUCAUACUGUAUGUAACACUUCAUUUCUGUGCUUUCAUGGAAAACAUGUAUGUCUCUUGUUUUUUUGUUUUUGUUUUUUUGCUGCACAUACUUACUGUGUAAAGGUAAAGCGGUGUUCUCUACUCUUUCUUCGUAAAAAGAAAAAGUAGACUCUUAGCACUCACCGCUUACCUGAGAGCAGAACUGGAGAACCAGUGAGUGGGAAGCAGGAAGCACAAUUCUGUGGAUCAUUUUAGUCGGGGGUUUGUGUGUGGUUUUUUUUUUUUUGGUCUGUCUAGACACCGAUUAAGCCUAGUCCUGGACUAAAUAUCACUGUUAACCUACUUGUGGGGGUGGAAAAAUGCUUUAGUGUCAUAGACUAAGCUCAAUCUGUGCCUAAGAAUUAUCCCUAUAUAUCUUUUAACUCUUUUAGUUUUGUGUUCAGGAACAUUCCAUGUGCAUUGUAUGAUGUAUUUCUGUUCUUUAUGAAGUUACUGGGAUUUUUUUUUCCUCCCCCCUCUUCUCAUCCUUUUGCUUAUUCUCAUUACCUUGUUCGUAUUGUAUGAGCCAGAUUUGUAAUGUCAGUUAAUCAAGAUCAGUGGAAUAAAACAGAUCUAUUUGUAUAUCAA